CUUCUGGUUCCGCACAGACCCCCCCACACCGACAGGUCUUUGCGGUCCCUCCUCUCUGGCCGCCCCCAUGUUGUCCAGGGCAGUCGGGCCGGGGCUGGGGCUGGGCUCAGGCUCAGGUCGGCCAUCCUGCAGACCCCGUGCCACCCGCGCGCCGCCUCCACCGGCACCGCGGAGUUCAAGGACCCCCUCAACUACCGGCACGGGGGCCGGGUCCGGCCCGCCUCCCCGGGGCACUCGGCGGCACGGAGCGAGCAGGUCUACGAGCCAGCUACAGGUCGUGUGAUAUGCAACUUGAUCUGUUCAGGACAACAGGAAGUAGAACUUGCGUUGCAGAGUGCAAAGCGAGCUUAUGCAACCUGGAGCCGCCUGUCUGGAUUGGAAAGAAGUCACAUCUUGCUUGAAGCAGCAAGACUCAUAAGGGAACAGAGAGAAGAUCUGGCGAUUGUAGAGUCUGUCAAUACUGGGAAACCAAUCUAUGAGUCCAGAAUGGAUGUGGACACUGGCUGGCAGGCCAUACAAUACUUUGCUGGUACUGCUGCAACACUGGGUGGACAACACAUUCAGCUUGCGGGAGGAUCAUUCGCUUACACGAGGAGGGAGUCCCUUGGCGUGUGUGUGGGGAUUGGCGCCUGGAACUAUCCUUUCCAGAUUGCCUGUUGGAAGUCAGCACCUGCGCUGGCCUGUGGAAACGCCAUGAUUUUCAAGCCUUCUCCCAUGACUCCUUUAACUACAGUGAUGCUGGCUGAGAUCUACACACAAGCUGGAGUACCUGAUGGGCUGUUCAACGUGGUUCAAGGGGCAGUAGAAACAGGAGAGCUUUUAUGUAAACACCCAGCUGUAGCAAAGGUUUCCUUUACUGGCAGUGUCCCUGUUGGAGUGAAGAUCAUGGAAGCAUCAGCAAAGACGAUGAAACACAUCACAAUGGAGCUUGGUGGGAAAUCGCCGCUUAUUAUUUUCUCAGACUCUGAUUUGGAAAAUGCAGUGACAGGUGCCAUGCUGGCAAACUUUUUAAGCCAGGGAGAGGUUUGCAGCAAUGGCACCAGGGUAUUUGUACAGAAGAAUGUGCUGCCAAAGUUUGUGGAAAAGGUUGUGGCGAGAGCCAAAGCAAUGAAAAUUGGGGAUCCUCUGUUGGAAGAUACCCGAAUGGGAGGACUCAUCAGUCGACCACACCUGGAUCGUGUGCUGUCCUAUGUGAAACAGGCCAAGGAAGAGGGAGCAAAUGUCAUGUGUGGUGGAGAGCCUUUUGUUCCUCAAGAUUCAAAAUUGAAAGGAGGAUAUUACAUGUCUCCCUGUGUUCUAGGAGACUGCAGAGAUGACAUGACCUGUGUUAAAGAGGAAAUAUUUGGACCAGUUAUGUCAAUCCUGCCGUUUGAUACUGAGGAGGAGGUUCUAAAGAGAGCGAAUGAUACUGAGUUUGGUUUGGCAGCGGGGGUCUUCACGAGGGAUCUUGCUCGAGCUCAUCGCAUAGCAGCUGCUUUGGAAGCAGGAAUAUGCUUCAUAAACAACUACAAUGUCAACCCUAUUGAGAUACCUUUCGGAGGUUACAAAAUGUCAGGGUUUGGAAGAGAAAAUGGAACGGCGGCACUCGAAUAUUAUUCGCAGUUAAAGAGCGUUUAUGUGGAAAUGGGAGAUCUGGAAAAAAUAAUCUGAGGUCCGGCAAAAUUUCCUCCUUUAACGUUUGUUCAGCGUGGAGAUCAAGGUACUGUGGCGUGGGAUGAAUGAACAUUUCUAGUCGAUAUCCUAUUCUUGAAAAUUAUGAGACGUUAACCAUGUAUUACUGUGUUCUGAAUCUUCUGAUUUGGCAGUGCGCAGAAAGUUGUGGACUGUGUACAUGGUAUCCUGCAGUUAGUGCAGCUGAAGGCUCAAGUUAUGUUGACUCUGUUUGAUUGCAUUUGGGCCCAUCUAUUAAAUGAUCGGUAUUGUUAUUUA